AUGUCAUUGCCUCCGGAUGCCGAUGCUCUAGAGAAGCCUGUUCGUCGACCGAACGGACCUUCCUUUCCUGGGGAGGAUGAUGAGUCAGAUGGCGAUGAGUCGCGGGGCUUGAACGCCCGGAGAAGAGCAAAUCACAACCAGGCUCAAGCACCCGACCUGUUCGAUGAGUCGGUCGAAGACACGAUCAGCCAGAUGCGCGGCGAACAUGGGCCAGGCAACAUCGAGCCCGCUGUUCGCCCAUCGCUGUCUUCUGAGUCACGCGAGCUUUUUGUUGCAGAAGGAGAACAGGUCGAUGGAUCCCUGUCCGCGAACAACAUCACGAAGGUCAAGUCCGAACCUGACAAUGAAGAUGACGGCGAUUUCAUGAUCAUCGAACAGACAGAUGCCUCUUUUCAGGCUCAGAAGCAAUGGUCUCGUUCUCCCCCGUCCAUCAUCGAUCUUACUGACGUGCCCGAGAAGGAGCUUGUGAUCAAGACGGAGCCCACAGUCAAGAAAGAGCUCGUGGACCCUAUCAAUCCCGCUCUCCUUGCUUUGAGCGGCCAGUCAGACAUCGAAGCACUUGAGGCAAGGAAUCGUGAGCUUCAAUCAAAAGCAGUACAAGGUGCUCUAAGCAACGACGAAGUUUCCGAGAUGGUAUCGGUCAUCACUCAGCUCAGCCAAGCGCGAACUUUGGCCCAUACCAACGGCAACGCAACGGCAUCCGCCAGCAACGCCUCGCCUGCUUCCGACAAUCAUCAACCAGCAUCUGGUCAAGAAACCCAAAAGAAACCGAAACAGAAGAGAAAACCUCGUGUCAAGACUGCCGCAGAGUAUUGGGCACGGAGAGAGGAGGAUGACCGAGAAAGAGAGGCCAAAGGCCUCAAGCGAAAGGGAAUCUAUAACAGCAGCAGCUCGAGCAAGGCCAAAAAAACAAAGGCUUCGCAGGGCACCGACAGUGACCCUUACGACGAAGAGAUUGAACGUCAAAUCGACGCCGUCUUCCAGCAGCGCGAUGCUAUCCAGGACCGAGCAGACCGGGGUGACUUGCCUGCUGCACCGACUAUCACAGCAACUAGAAAAGAAGACCAGUUGAAGCAGAUGAGGGAAGCUGCGCCGGAGUACUUCCAUCCCAAAUUUCUAAACUUUCAGAGGUUUGAGCUUUCAGAGGCUACAAAGUCUUGGGGCUAUCGUGCCGUUCGAUGCAUGAACGGCCUAUGGCAAGUCAGGGGCCUGAACACCCCGAUGAUGAAUCACCAGCUCAUUGUCGGCGCUUGGAUGCUCGGUCGAGAGUUGCGAGAAACGCCAAACAUGCCAAGAGGGGGCAUCUUGGCCGACGCAAUGGGUCUUGGGAAGACGAUUGAGGCACUUUCUUGCAUCGUGGGCAACCAGGCCUCGGAGAGCCUCAAGGAUGCCGGCAAAGGAGCAACACUGGUGAUUUGUCCGUCGGGGCAAAUGAUUGGCCAGUGGAUGUCCGAGGUCAAAAAGCACUGCGACAAGAGAUUUGCGAAAAACAUUGUGCACUUCAAGGCCGGCAACAAGAUGGAUAUUGACCUCCUGGCAUCCUUCAACAUUGUUUUCGCAAGCUUCCACCAGCUCAGAGAUAGCAUUCCUUCGGUCAAGAACAGAGAGGCAAAGAGGAACCAGCUCACAGAUCAAGUGAAGUAUGACAAGUGGGUGGAGGAGGAGACGGGUGACCUUCACCGCAUCGAGUGGCAUCGAGUUGUCCUCGAUGAGGCCCAUUCCAUCAAGAACCAUUUGACGCACUGUGAGUCCAAUUCAUGUCGUAUUUGUGUACUUAAUCGUGCUGACAGCGACGGAAACAAAGCGGCGUUUGCGUGCUAUGAGCUGAAGGCCAAGCACCGUUGGGCGGUGAGCGGAACGCCCCUCAUCAACGGUAGCGAUGAGUUUUUCUCAUAUUUGAAGUUCAUCAAAUACGAUGGCAUUGAUGACUUUACUGGGUAUCUUCAGGAGUAUCGAGACGGCGAAAAAGGUCGAAAGAAACACAACAAGCUUAUACACGAAGUCAUGUACAGAAGGACCCAAGGCGACUUCUUCCUUGGCCAACCAAUCUUGGAUCUGCCAAAUACGCACCCCACGCACCAGUACCUGAUGCUGUCGGCUGAAGAGACAGUAGUCUUUCGUAUGAUGGAGAGAUGCUUUAGACGCAAGCUCAACCAGGAUUUCGAAGACGGUAGUGCUACCAGUCAAAUCAGAUGCUAUCUGGUCAUGCUGCUCCGCCUUCGACAGGCCGCAACUCAUCCUUACUUGCUCGAGGGCAUGAUGGGAGAGUAUUUCUCUCUGAAAGACUUGCAAAUCACCAAGGAAAGACUGGAGGCACUCAGGGGUCGUGCCACCGUCUACAGCCAAAUUGGCCCGUGGACUAAGAGGCACCAAAUGCCGAAUCAACGUAUGCAUGAGGUUUUCGAAGCAGCAGAGAAACGUCGACAAGAUCGACUGCAAAGUGACCGCAAGGAGGUUUUGGAGGCACAAUACAGCCGGAUUCGUCUUUCAGACGACCAAAAUGAGGCGCAACCGAGCGACAAUCAGGAAGCCAUUGUGGAAAACGACAACAUAAUGGCCAUCGGCAAUGAUCCCGACGAGGUGAAUAGCCAGGAUGAGGUGGAAGAAGACGAGGAUGGCAUGGUUCCGCAGAACUACAGAAAUCCUGGUGAACAGGACAAAGUCAGCGACGACGACACAGCUCCAAUCGCCGAACACGAGGAACCACCGCUUCAGCCUUUCGGUCGUAGCAACUUUGGUUUGUUCUUCGACAUGGUGAAGCAGCUAGAGUAUCUCGAAAGGUUGAAAGAGCUUGAGACUGCCGUGUGCGUUGCAUGCGAGGCUCGACCGGCGGUCGUUCCAGUCAAGGGACGGUGCGGCUGCAUCUUUUGCGGUAACUGCGCAGUGGCCCAUUUAGCUCAGAAGGUAUUCCAUAAGGGAAGAAAUUGCCCCAAGUGUCGCCGAAUUAUUGGCAUCCCAAAGUCCUAUCAAGCCUUCAACGACCACGACGAGGUCGUAAACGAUGCCGGCAUGCCGCGAGAUGACGUCGAUGAAAAGGAGUACUCGCGGGGGUUCGACUACACUGGUUUUCAACAUACGGAAGACGAGAAAAAGGACAAGAAGCCCAUCAGGUUCUUGCAGCUCAGCGACAAGCGGCCCAAUUUGCCUGUCACUCCCAGCGCCAAGAUGACCGCGCUCAAGGAGACCGUCUUGAGAUGGCAGGCGGAAGCUCCUGACGACAAGAUCAUCAUCUUUAGUCAGUUCAACGUUGUCAUGAAGAUCAUUGGUCGCAUGCUGGAGUCGGAAGGCAUCUGCUUUGCCUACCUCAGCGGCAAGCAGAACACGGAGCAGCGCAACAAGGCCGUCGACGAGUUCCAGAACGGCGACAAGGUCAAGGUCCUCAUCGUAUCGCUGCGCGCAGGGGGUCAAUGUCUCAAUCUCACGCGUGGAAACCGAGUCAUUCUCAUGGAGCUCUGGUGGAAUCAUGGCGUCGAGCAGCAGGCGUUUGCCCGCGUCUUCCGCAUCGGCCAGAUCAAGGAAACCCACUUUGUGCGAUUCAUCGUCAAUACGCCCAUCGAAGAACGAAUGUUGCAAAUGCAGGUCCACAAGAUCCUCGAUAUCGAUGCGGUCCUUCAGGAUGACAUGACCAGGGUGCCCAAGAUCAACGUGGAGGAGAUUGCCAGCCUCUUGGGCAGACUCACAAUGAGAGACGGCGUCAUGCAUGUCGUCUCUGACUACGACGACGAGGAUGAGGAUGACGAAGACGACCUUCGGAGUGACGUAGAAGAGGAGGAGGGGGAUCUGGAAGACCUCGUUGUCCCCGACGACGUGAUAGAGUAUGAGGAUGACGAAGAGGACGACUAG